CCGAACGCUGCCCAGCUCUGGGUGCCCUUUCUUCUUUAAGCCAGCUGGUCUGGCUUAACAUUGUUUCAUUUACUUCGUUUUUGUCUCUUUUUUUGUUUUUAUUUUUCUUGUUUGAUACAAGGAACUGGCGUCGAGCCACAGCUGGAGCUGUUGGGGUCCUUCCAGGUGAAGACUGAGCAGGAAACACUGUGCCGCCUCCAGGCGUCCGUUCAGGUGUGUGAGCGCAGGAGGACCGCGGGUCGGUGGACGUCACGACAUGCAGGACUGAGCGACAGGUGCCAGACAGAAGUUUAAGAAGUGAAAACAUUAGAGGCAAUUCGAAGAAGAAUAAAGAGGAAGAGUGACGGGAAAGACAGCAAAGAUGGGAAGAAAAAAGAUUCAGAUAGCACGAAUCAUGGAUGAACGGAACAGACACGUGACGUUCACCAAGCGUAAGUUUGGUCUGAUGAAGAAGGCGUACGAGCUGAGCGUGCUCUGUGACUGCGAGAUCGCCCUCAUCAUCUUCAACAGCACCAACAAGCUGUUCCAGUACGCCAGCACCGACAUGGACAAGGUCCUGCUCAAGUACACCGAAUACAACGAGCCGCACGAGAGCAGGACCAACUCGGACAUCGUGGACACGUUGCGUAAGAAGGGUUUAAACGGCUGCGACAGCCCCGACAUCGAGGCUGACGACUCUGCUGGCCAGAGCCCGGAGUCGGACGACAAAUACCGUAAAAUCACGGAGGACAUCGACCUGAUGAUCAGCAGACAGAGGAUCUGUCAGGGUCUGCCUCCCUCCGGCUACGACAUGGGGGUGUCCAUCCCAGGCAGUAACUCCAGCGGGCUGCUGUACCCCCACCAGGCCAUAGGGGGCGCCCUGGGCAACCACGGCCUGCUGCCCAUCUCUCACACGUCCCUGCAGAGGAACAGCAUGUCUCCUCAGAGACCGCCCAGCGCAGGAAACACAGGACUGAUGGCCUCAGAGCUGACCAGUACCGUGGUCUCCAGUGUGGGAAACAGCAGCUUCAGCUGCUCCUCCCCUGAUCUCAUGUCUCCAGGCAGCAUCUCCAAGAACCUGCAGGACAGGAGCCCCCCUCCCCCGAUGAGCAUGAGCCGCAAACCAGACCUGCGAACACUGAUGCCCCCCUCCAACAAGUGCACCAACAUGCCAACCAUUUGUGAGGACUUUGACCUCAUGUUGAACCAGAGAAUUAAUCACUCCCAGUCGGCCCAGACACUGUCCAGCCCUGCAGUCUCCAUCGCCGCUCCAGCUCUCCCAGGUCAGGGCAUGGGCGGGUACCCGUCAGCGCUAUCCUCCUCCUACGGCUCAGAGUUUUCACUCGGGGGUGACCUGUCCUCACUGUCAGGAUUCGGGGGUUCUGGUCUGGGAUCAGUGACAAGUUGGCAGCAGCAACAGAUCCAAAACCUUCAGGAGUCGGCACUUGGACACAUGGGGAACUUAUGUCAGAACUCAAGCCUGAGCCUGAACCUCCCCUUGGCUCACCAGAACCUCCACAUCAAGUGUGAGCCAGAGUCUCCUCCCCAAGACCGGUCCGUCGGGAUGGGCGGGGCCUGCCUCGGAGGAGGCAUGACCGCCGCCGGAUACUCCAUCGCCGGCCGGGGACCGCAUGAAUUGGGCCGUUCCCCUGGUGACAGCGCGUCCAGCUGUGGGAGUUCGUAUGAAGGCAGCGAGGAGCGCGAGGAUCACCAUGGCAACGACAGCUUCCUGCUCCAACCUCUGCAGAGUCAGGAAGAGAGCCCGUCGGUCAAACGAAUGAGGCUAACAGAAGGGUGGGCGACAUGAUGGCUGCCUGCGUGCAGUCAUACAGGAGGAGGGCAGUAAAGUUACCUUCUAGUGUUAUUAUUAUUAUCCUUGAGUGUGUGUGCUAAAUGUAUAAUGGUAACAUGUACAUGAUAGGAAACAGUGAGGUGGACUGUGGGUAAAUCCCUUGCAGGUCAGGAUCAGUUCACACCUGGAAGACAGCGGUUCUGAAGUUUGACUUGUGUGUCUAAAGAAUCUAAUCCGUUUUUUGAGCUUUUCAAAAACAUGAAAACUAAUGAAGGGAAGCAGUUAGUAUGAUAAAGAGCAGACUGGGUUGAAUCUGGAACAUCCAAACCUCAAAAUGAACAGUUCAUUCUUUCCAAUGACAAAUUUGACAGUUUUUCUGAAAACCGGGGAAAAAAAUAAAUAUAAAAAUCCAUCCUCCCUUCAAAACAUUUGUCCCUUGGCACAAAAAUACAUCUGGCAUUUAUGUCUCCUCUAAUCCUGGAUAUUUAGGCUCAAAGCCCCCUGGUGGCUGCAGGGGCUCUCUACAUAUCUGGUUGGUCAGCUCCUGUGGCUGAUCAUUCUAGAUGGGUUAGGGUUAGAGUUAAUGUUUCCUUUAUCAUAUAGUUUGACCAACUCAAAUACAGACUGCCAAAAAAAAAAUAGAACUUUGUUGAUUUCAAAGUUGAUUACAAAGUUUUCAGAUAAGUAGUUGAAUACUGAAGAGUGAACUGGUGUUAGUUCAUUGUUUCUAGAUCUCUAUUUCAGCUGUAAUUUCUCUGUUAAUUUUCUUCUAAAUUUUGACACUCAAGUGAAACUUUAAAAUUGUUCUGGAAGUUCUCUAGAAGCAUUUCUGUGACAGGGUCAUCGUGGAGGGUUCCUCAGAGUACAUGUAUGGCUUGUUCUAAGUGUGUUGAGUUGUGGGGAUAUAAGUUAAUACCACGUAUGUAAACCAACAUGGUAAGAGUGAAGAUGUCUGGUACUCGCAGCAGUGAAGAUACUUGACGUCUCAAGGAUGCCCCGAGGAUGUCUCGAGGCGUCCUCUAGGACGUCUUAAGGACACCUGCGGGCGUGCACGGUCCACAGCUACAUGCCGCGUUGCAGGUUCAACACGCACGCGUGGAAAAAAAGCAGCAGUUAAUCGUGAAUUAACGGAAGUGAAGAGUGCCAAUGAAACCGGGGAAAGAGAGUGCAGGAGGAAGUGAAGGGGAGGGGCUUUGUGACCAAAAGAACUGAUUUGCACUGGUUCUCUUGGCCAGAAGUUGGAAGGGGAAGAGCUGGAGAUGGUCACCGCAGAUGUUUUAGACCAGGGUCAGUAAUUCCAGUCCUGGAGGACUGGUCCCCUGCGGCUUUUAGAAGUUUCCUGUCACGUAGAACCCAUCUAGAACAUGCAGGGGACAUCUUGCACAUGUAGGGGACAUCUAACACAUGUAGGGGACAUCUAGAACCUGCAGGACAGCGGCCCCAGAGGACCGGGACUACUUAGCCCUUUUUUAGGAGGACUGAAAGGAAAUGGAACAGGUUGUGUUGGAAAGAGACUCUUGACAUAAAGAUUUACAUUUUUCUUUGACAGUUUUCAGAGCAACGUGGCGAAAACAAUCCAGACAAACUGAGAAUUUCCCGAAAAACUUAACCUCAAAGUUAACCAGUGAAACUGAACCACCACCAAAUACAUGUUUUUUUUAUGUUCUUCGGUUCUUCCUGUCGAACAUCGAACAGUUCGAGCCAAACUCAAGGAAACCGUCAAAAUGUCAUGAAUUGGACUCCAACGUCCAGCGUGUCAAAUGUGGAUAAAUGUUAAAUUACCGGUACUGCAUUUUCCCUUAAAUGAGUAAAACAUGUAUUUAUUAGCAUUUAAACUACGUUUGUGGCGUGUGAGCAGAUUUACUGAAAUGCCAUUUUAACAAGUAUUUGAUUCUUUCCACAUGGAACCAAAGAUGUUUACUCCAAAAUCUCCAACUCAGUCAAAAUUUUCUAAUUAUUUCCUUCAAAAUUGACAUUUUUCAGUUUCAUUUGUAGAAUUGUUUUCUGUUGAUGAAACGCCUCGGUUGGAGUGAGACACUACAGGCCUUUCCGUCGCCGGAUGGUUGGAGGUGACCACACUUUGUCUUGAGCGUGUUCUUGUCAAGUGAAAGUCACAGCUGCAAAUAUUGGCCAAAUUGAAUCUGUAAUUCCAGAAAUGCUAAUUAAGUCACACAAAUUGACAUUAUCCCUAGUUAAUUGUAAUAUUUCAACGAUGUAUGUGGUUGUUUUACAGUAUUUUUUUGUUCUCAACCUGCGACAGUAAAGCGCUUCAUGCCAUUUUAUGCUUCAAAAAGAUUAAUCUGGUGUAACGACAGCAUUGCAGAUUUAACGCUUAGAAGCAGAAUCCUAAAAACGUUAACAAGACAGAGAAGCUUUGUUGCACGCAAAUGACUCAAGACAAUGUGUUUGUGACACCAAACGGAUGUUUUUGGAUGUGAAGAAUCAGCAUCAGGACGAUCAACGUAAAUAAAUGUUCAAGUUGAGGGAGAUUUGGAGGUUGAAAGAAACUCAACCUGCACCUGAGCGAAGGAUCAGAGCGCCAACAUGGCUGCUCGUUGCUGUUGGCGGUAGUCUGGUCGUUUUACAGCAAUUUAACUUGCUGAACUUCCUCAAACCAAAACCAGAGGUUAAGUUGAGAUGUCAAAAACUUUUGUUUAUCCAGUUGUUUUCUGGAUCUUUUUCCCAAAGCUGGGCGUCGUUUGUGCAGCUGUUAGCAUGUGGCUAAUGGUUGCUAAUUUAACUCAGAUUAGCUUCAUAGCGCAAGAAUAAGUUAUUUAUUACUAUCACGAAGGGGACGUUCAAAGUUUGCAGCUGGAACAGUAAUCAGAUUUGAAAAAUUUAUAAAACAAAUGAGCAAGACAUUACCCACAAGUCAUCUAAAAUAUUAGUAAAAUAGAUAAUUUUUUGCAUAUUUUUGAUAACUCAUCUUUGCUGCUGUGACAGAAACAAUCUCCACAGAUAAAAAAAGACUCAUUUUAAGUAGAGAUGAGAAAUAUGUGUAUGAGACUAACUUAGCUAACACUGCUACAUUAGCCACUAAGCCAGUAGCUAAGUCUGUCAUCUAACUGGCGAACCGGCUGGUCCGUCCUGCUGGUACCAGUAAAGAGUCGGUACCAUGGAGAGUAGAAAGUAGGGGACCUCGGACUUGGACGGUAAAACUGCACGUGAUCAUGGAAAAACAGCCGCCACGUUUGUUCCGUGAUGACCUGCGGCAGCAGGCUGCAAAACGACGUCCACAUUUAGGUUUCAACCGUUGACGAGACUCCAGCGGCUGAGCGUUGUUCAUAUUUGAAUAUUUUGGUUUUAAAAUGUAUAUUUGGAGCUCGAACCCUCAGCCGCCAUCUCCAUGGCAAAGAAACGCCACACGGGCUGAGCCCGAGCGUGUCCGCCUGCCGUGCAGCGUCUGCGUGGGGAAGCGGGAACUCGUCCUCAGACUCCGGGUGGCGGCGGGAGACGAGUCUGAGACAGGAGGGUGGAACUAGGUUAACUCGGUAUGUUAAAAUGAUUGUAUUUAAUUUAAUUUCCACACAGCGACACGAGUGAAUGUCUGUUUACUGGAAACCUGUGCUCGGGGAUGCUCUCUUUGAUUCAAUUUAAAUGUUUAAUUUAAAUGUUCUCAGAGAUCGUUAGCGGCAUAAGCAGGCCUUCUGUCGCCACCUGGAGAUGAAUAAAUCAAGUGCACCUCUGUUUCAUGGACAGAAAUCUCAGAAAUGUGGUAUUUGUAUUUUGCAGAAAUAAUAAAAUCUACAAGCUCUGUG